UGACCAGCCGACCCUAAAUCCCUUAGCCCCUAAUUUCCUUAUUCUCUAUUCUGCCAUUUCUCCCUAGUCCCUCUGAUUCUCCCAGCGAGUAGCGAAGCAGCGACCGCCAACCAGCCGACCACGAGUCCACGACAAGCACAGGCGCACGCGCACAGCCGUAGAACCACCAGUGCGCACAGCGGCUCUGGAUUUGGAUUUGUAAGAACAAUAGGUUCCUUGAGGAGUCUGGUCAGUUUAAAUGCUUUUAUAAUUAGACUGAUUUUGAUUGAAUUUAACCACAGAACAUAUUUGCUACUCAACAGCUGCUAGGACUUCAACAGCAGAUCUUGCGCUGGAACGUUUUGAUUGGCUUGGAGAGGAUUUAGAGGAAGCAAGGAAGCAUUUAAACAAUCGGUGGCCAGAACUUCGCGCACUCCUAAAUACGGCGCAACAUUGCAUAGGCUAAACCAUGAACUCUAGCUCUCCUUACCGCCACGAAGAACAAGAUGACGACGGCGAGGAUGUGUUCCUUGAUGAAAGCGAUAUCAUACAGGAAAUCCCCGUGGAUGAAGAAGAGCUUCCAGAUGCUGAUGAUGAAGAUGGAGAUGGAGAUGAUGGUAUUGAAGGAGCAGUAGAUGAAGAAGAUGAUUCAGUGCAUAUUUUCACAGGUCACAGUGGUGAACUUUACGCUGCAUGCUGCAGCCCUACGGCUACAGAUGCUACCUUAGUUGCAACAGGGGGUGGAGAUGAUAGAGGAUUUAUGUGGAGAAUUGGUGAAGGAGAUUUUGCUUUUGAGUUACAAGGUCACAAGGAUUCAGUAUCCAGUUUAGCCUUCAGUUCUGAUGGACAUCUGCUUGCGUCUGGAAGCUUAGAUGGACUUAUCAAAGUUUGGGAUGUAGAUUCCAGAAAUCUGAAGUGCACACUUGAAGGUCCUGAUAAGGGAAUUGAGUGGCUCAAGUGGCAUCCAAUAGGGAAAUUGAUCUUGGCUGGUUCAGAGGACGGUAUUGUUUGGAUGUGGAAUGCUGAGAAGGGUGCUUCUCUUAAUAUGUUUACAGGUCAUGCAGAAAGUGUGACCUGUGGUGAUUUCACACCUGAUGGUAAAACGAUUUGUACUGGCUCAGAUGAUGCAACUUUGAGGAUUUGGAACCCACGGAGUAGUGAAAGCAUUCAUGUUGUGAGAGGUCAUCCAUAUCACACAGAGGGGCUGACAUGCUUGGCAAUCAGCAAAGAUUCAACACUUGUUCUCACGGGUUCAAAAGACGGCUCUGCUCACAUUGUGAACAUCAAGACGGGGAAGGUUGUCAGUUCUUUGAAUGGUCAUUCAGAUUCAAUUGAAUGUAUUGGACUUUCAGCAAGCUCUCCUUGGGCUGCAACUGGAAGCAUGGAUCAGAAGCUCAUUAUUUGGGAUCUACAACAUUCGUUGCCUCGAUGCACAUGUGAACAUGAGGAAGGAGUCACAUGCCUGUUGUGGUUAGGCACAUCGAGAUAUGUGGCUACGGGUUGUGUUGAUGGGAAAGUACGGGUAUGGGAUAGCCUUUCAGGAGAUUGUGUGAGAACUUUUAGUGGGCAUUCUGAUGCCAUUCAAUCACUGGCUGCAUCUUCAGAUGGGAACUUCCUUGUUUCCGCUUCAAUUGACGGGACCGCCCGUGUGUUCGAGACACCAGAAUUCAAGUAAGAAAACACUUACUACAUUGGUAGCCUGGGCCUUCCUGAACUCUAAUGCCAUCUCAUCAUGACAAACUGGGUAUCUAGCUUGGUCUGCUUUUGCGGUUUUGCCGCCUGUAGUAUUAUUUUGUUUGUUCCCGAGAUUCACAUCAACUGGAUUCCCUAUAACUGAACUGGCCUUUUGCAUUUCUUUACUCAUCUGAUUUAUACAAAAAGAAAGCAUGUUUGUGUUUUAACAAUUAAUGGAGCCACUUCAAAAAAAAUGAUUAUCCUGUUUGAGGAUAUGAAUAUUUGCAGUCUCAAAAUUAUGGUAUGCUAAAGUUAUGUAGCGGAUUGGGAGCAAACUUUUAUCUCUCUUGCCUUACAUUAGUAAUUUAAUAUAAUACAUGCAUCCAGGGAUAAAUGAUGCAAUUCAGUUGUUGCUGAUGCAUUCACAAUAUAUUACUUCCUAACUGAUCUUUAAUAGUUACUGCUUGCAGCAGAAUCGGGUCCGGAAUUCUGGAAACAACCAAAACAAAAGUUAGUAGCAUUGAGAUAGUAGAAUAUUUUUGGUAAAAUCAAAAGCUGUGUGCAUUAAAACGUUGUAUUUCUCAUAUGUGGGGUGUGUGAUAGGUGAAUAUCAUUCUCUUAAAUGACAUUUUGAAUCAGUGCUCUUUCUGGUUUAUUUGUAA